AUGGAGUUUCAAGGGCCGGUCCUAUCAUCACGAGAACUAGAAGAUUUGAAUCAGUCAACAGGAAUCGACGAUAGAAAAAUAGUUUACCAACCAAUAAGGCUAAAAAAACUGUAUGAAGAAUCCAAUGAAGGUGAACUCAGGCAAGCUAAAUUAUUAACAGCUAAUGGAAUUGAACCUAUAGGAAUUGGUAGCUCGUUUAAAAGCAAUAUUUUGUCGAGUUUAUUAAAUAAAGAAAAUGAGACAAAAUUUUUAAUUUUUAUUUCCAUGUAUAACGAAGAUCUCUCAAUGCUCGAAAAAACGCUAUCAGGGAUUAUGCGAAAUUUCAAACAUUUCAAAAAUGUUGGAGUAGAGCCUGCUAAUAUUGCGUGUGUAGUUAUAUCAGAUGGAAUGAAAGCCUUUUACUCCAAACAUAAAAAUGCUAACAAUCACGGAGAAAAUAGUCCACAGUCUAAAAGCAAAUUUUUUAAUUUUGAAGAAAUAAAAAGAGCAUUUCCGCUAGCUUAUGAUGACCUAUCGAAUUGCAGAUUUGCAGGCCAAACCAAUGAUGAUGAGUUUGCACAUACAUUUACGCAAAACUUUGUAUUCCCUGAAAAUCCAGAUGAAGAACUCCAAUUAAUAUUUUGCAUAAAGCAAGAAAACAGGCGAAAAUUAAAUUCGCAUUUUUGGUUCCUGCAUGGCUUCUGUAAAAUGAUUGAUCCUAAAUUUGUCCAGUUUUUAGAUGUUGGCACUAUUCCUAAUGAAAAUGCUUUACUCCACCCAUCCUUGAUCGAACGAUUGACUGUAAAAAUUCCUAAAAAUUGGGGAAAUUAAUCCCAAUCCUUGAUCAACCAUUUUCAUAUCAUACAAAUUUUUAUAUAUAUAAAAAUAUAUUAGUUAUCAAAAGCUUGGGAAGAUGCACCUAAUGAAAUUGUUAUCAGAGACUUUGAGACGGCAGAAAGGUACGAAAUCAACUAUCCGAAGUGAUUUAGCAAUCAACCUAGGUUUAAAAACUGAAUAAUCUAAAAAUUCGAGAUUCUUUAAAAUUUAAAAAAAAAAAAUUAUUCAAAUUAAAAUUUAUACAGUUUUAAAGGAGUAACCAAAAAUCAAAUACUAAAAAUUGGUAUUCUUAUAAAAUUAAUUCAAUUUUUUGCUGUAAAAAUAAUAAUUAAAUAUAUACAUAUUUUUAUUUUCUAUAUAAAAAUUUUUUCCUAAAAAAAUUGUUUUUAACCCCCAUCCUUGAUCGAACGAUGGCGAGCCGCUCGAUCAAGGAUGGGGAGGAUUAGUAUAUUUAUAUCAAGCAUUACUAAAUGAUGAAAGAAUAGCAGGCUGCUGUGGGGAAAUUGCACCUAUUUAUACAGGGUGGAAAAAUUUAGUAGUAAAUGCGCAGAUUGUGGAGUAUAAGUUUUCACAUACAUUUGAAAAGAGCUUUGAAAGCAUUUUUGGGUAUGUUUCGGUGCUUCCAGGGGCGUUUAGUGCUUAUAGAUGGGAAGCUUUACAAGGUCCGCCAAUAGAAGAGGAUUAUUUUAAACCAAUUUUGAAACCUGAACUAAUGAACCCUUACGAAUCAAAUGUAUAUUUGGCUGAGGAUAGGGUUUUGUGUCUUUCUUUAGUAUCCAAGAAAGUUCCAAAACCUAAAAAAAGCUAUUUGCUUAACUUUCUUGUCAAUGUCUAAAAAAAUUACAAUGAUUUUUUUUUCGAAAUUUAAAUCUAUUUUAAUAUUUCCAUCAAUAUUCUAUUGCAAAAUAAAAGUUAGCCAUUAUUAAUAGGUGCAGUUAGAUAUAUCAAAAGAUCAGUAGCUGAAACUGAUGCUCCAGAUAUAAACAAUUUUAUCUUUUAACUUGCAUAUGGCCAUAAAGUCUUUAGGCUUACCAGAAAUAUUAUUUUUCAAACAAAUUUACUGAAUUGAAAAGAAAAAUUAAUGGCAUAGAGUAAGCUAAAAUCAGCCUUUGGUAAUACAUUAGGAGAUCUGAUUUCUCAGAGAAGAAGGUGAAUUAAUGGCUCAUGAUUUGCUCUGCUGCACUUCUUCAGUAGUUUUGAAAAGAUUUUCCUGUCAAAUCAUCACUGGUUUAGAAAAUUCAUUUUCUUUCUUCAACUACUAUAUUUUGGUGUCACAACUGUUUUUCAGUGGUUUCUUAUUGGCUCUUUCUUCCUUAUUUUUGCAUUUACAGUGAGAAAUCUCCCAAACUCCUCGGAAAAUAGUGAAAGUGAUUUAUUUACUGCACAAAACAUAAUAUACUUUACGUUCGAUUAUAGCUACCUUUGAGAUAAAUUUAGGCUCCAUGUCCAAUGACCGUGAAGUUUUUUUAGAGUGCGACAUUCCCUAGGUAAAUUUUUUCAGAAGCUUUUUGAUAGUGAGACAGAUGCUCAAAAAAAUAUAUUUUGACCAAAUGCUAUUUAAAAAUUUUAAACCAAAUGUUUUUCAGUGAAAUGAUACUAUCAAAUAGCACAAUACAGGACUUGCACCUCAAAUUUUGUUGCAGUAUGUCCAUUAAGUGGCAAUUAUCAUCUCUGUGCUAGCUCGGCAAGUUCAUCUUCUUAACCUACUAGUAAAGUUAUACGAAAAUCUCACCACCAUAGAAAACUAUACUCAAUCUUUGGGUCUAUUAAUUAUUUAUUCUUCUAUGCUCCUCAUGACUCUAUUAACUUCUCUUGGCACAAAACCUCAAAAGAUUUCUGGAUUGCUAUACACUUUCACCUUUAUUUAUGGAAUUUAUAUGAUAUUUGAAUUGGCUUUAGUAAUAAUGUAUUUAUAUGACCACAAUUUUUUCUUGAGCUGGGUGUGCAUCUUAGCUAUACAGACAGCUGCAGCCAUGAUAAUAAAUAUAACUAUCAAUUGCUCAUUUAAAUCAAUUUUCAGAGGGAUCUUUCAGUACAUCUUUUUAACGCCCACUUUUAUAAAUGUUUUUUUAAUUCAUGCAAUGUGUAACUUGCAUGACUGCACAUGGGGGACAAGGCCAGACAAUCCGACUGAAAAGGAAAAGGAAAAUGAGGAGGAUUUUAAAAUUUUUAGGACUUACUGGCUAAUGAUUUGGGUAUUUACAAAUACAGGCUUUGCGUAUGCCUUGAAUUUUUUACAUAAAAACAAUAAAGGAGAAGGCUACGUGUAUGCAAUGGCGGCUGCUGGAUUUUUUAUUUUAUUGGUGAGGUUUUUGGGAGGAAUCGUAUACAUCAUCCAAGAAUGGUUUUACGAUAUAAAAUCAUUAAAAUCCCCUAUAAAAAAGAAAGAAAACAGCAUUUUUAGCGCUGUUGCUGAUGAAGAAAAGAUAAUAAAAAUUGAGACAGAAAGUUUUGCGCUCUCAUUUAAGGAUCGCCCAUUAAAUCAGAGCUCAAAUUCUAUAGUGAAUAGGCCUGCUAGUUGCUUAAAAGCGUUUAGUGAUGGAAAUAACUCAGACCAUGAGAAAUCAUUGGAGCUUUUUAUUUCGAAAAGCUGCAAUGUUGAAGAAGGGAUUGAUUUUGAUAGCAAAAUUAAAAAAAUUAAGAUUUAUCAGUCUGGGAUCAUGUCAGACAGAGUCUAA